AUGGGGGCAGCGAUGCCCAUGAAGACCUGCACGGCCUGUACAACCCAGCUGAACUUCGGCAACGACGAGGCAGUGGAGCCGGUCGAGACUUCUCGAAACUUGGAGUUCGACGAGAAACUCCUGCCUUUUUCCAGAUGUUUUGCUGAGUUCAGUGAUGAGCUCGCGGCAUCUGCUGCGACAAGAGGUCUCGGAAUGCACGAUGACACCGUCGUGACCCCAUUGUCUCCAGUUUGGUGUGAUGUUUGUGGGCGCUUGCUCUUCGGCAUGGUGCAAGACGCCGUCCAGUGCGGUGCGUGUUCUCGACUGGCAUGCAAGACGUGCGCCUUCUCUCGCAGCUGCGCCGUGAAGGAAAUCGGCCAGUACCUGGCGGCAGGUGCCCCGCUUCCGAUCGACCUUCAGAGCCGAUGCGGCGAGGCGGUGCUGGUAUUGCCAGUCGCCAAACACCACCCUUCCGUGCUCCGCUACGUGUCACAGGCACUCUGGAAAGAUGAGAAGUUCCUUCGCCAAUUGCUAGACUUAGCCGGAGACGAUGCAAAUCUGCGACAAGCUGCCAAGCAGCAGAUGUCAGAACUCGCGCAACCCGACCGGGACGCAAUUGCUGCUGCGAUGAUGGCUGUGCUGCAACAGGGCUUUCAGUCCAGCGGGGCCGCGCUUGCCUUGGAGAUCCUCGCGCAAGUGACAGAGAAAAGCCCAGCUGUGCUUGCUGCAGCGAAGGAGAGGCUGAACGAUGCGGAUGCUGUUGUGCGAGCGGCUGCCGUAUCUGCCGUUUCCUCGUUAGCAAGGAAAGACGACAGGGUCUGCAAGAGUGUGCCAAGGGACCUCUUGCGGUGUCUUGAGGACGAGAGCCAGGCUGUGAGAAGUGCCGCUAUCGAUGCAUUGCCGCAGCUUCAUGCAGAGGGUCGGAGGAAGCUCGCGGCUCUGACACCGCGCCUGCAGGACACCGACCCCGCAGUGAAAGCGGCAGCGCUUCGCUGCCUGCAGAAGCUGCAGGCCACCCAGGUCAAGGUAGAUUCAAGGUACCGGAAGACAAUUAGCAAAGCUUUAGCAGACACACACCCCGAUGUGCGGGAAGCUGCAUGGUCACUGAUUCCUCAUUUGGACAUGGGUGCCUGUGCCACUGUGCUCGCCGACCUCUCCUGGGUGCAGGGCCUGGACGCUGCGACCCGGAGUCGUUUGGUCAAAUCCCUGCGCUCGCUGCUGGAGCCCAUCGGGGCCGAUCGGCUCACCGCAAUCACUGCCGCGGUCGGUAUCUCUAACUGGUGGCUGCGUCUGGCGAUGACUGAAUUUCUCCAUUCCUACCUGGAAGCGGCGAGCCCGCAGGCUCGGGGUUGA